AAGGAGCGUCGGAGGGGGGCGGUCUGGCUGCAGAUAGCGCGCCAAAGUGAAUGCAUUGCUGGGGAGAGAAGCGGCGCAGAGGAUCUGAACAGACCGGGGAUGUGAGGCGCUCUGCCGGUAAACAGAGGCUUGCAGCACCGGGGGAGACACGAUCUCUGAAGAUGGCAGUGCCCUUUGUGCAGGGCUGGGACUUGGUGCAGACUCUGGGAGAGGGAUCGUAUGGAGAGGUGCGUCUUCUAGUGAACAGGCAGACGGAGGAGGCUGUGGCAGUGAAGGUGGUGGACACGGCGCGGGCGGCAGACUGUCCUGAGAACAUCAAGAAGGAGGUGUGCGUCAACAAGAUGCUGUCCCACAAGAGCAUCGUGCGCUUCUACGGGCACCGCAGGGAGGGCAGCGUGCAUUACCUCUUCCUGGAGUACUGCAGCGGGGGAGAGCUCUUCGACAGGAUCGAGCCUGACGUGGGGAUGCCCGAGAUGGAAGCACAGAAGUUUUUCCAGCAGCUGAUCGCAGGAGUGGAGUACCUGCACAGCAUCGGGAUCACGCACAGGGACAUCAAACCAGAGAACCUGCUCCUGGAUGAGAGAGAUAACCUGAAGAUCUCUGACUUCGGGCUGGCCACCGUGUACCGGCACAGAGAUAAGGAGCGGCCGCUGAUGAAAAUGUGCGGCACGCUGCCCUACGUGGCGCCCGAGCUACUGGCGCACAGCUCCUUCCGAGCCGAGCCCGUCGACAUCUGGUCCUGCGGCAUCGUGCUGACCGCCAUGCUGGCUGGAGAGUUGCCGUGGGACCAGCCCAGCGAGAACUGUCAGGAGUACGCAGACUGGCUGCAGAAGAAGACCUUCUUGAAUCCCUGGAAGAAGAUCGAUGCAGCUCCGCUCAGCCUGCUCACCAGAAUCCUGCAGCACAAACCAGAGAAGAGGCUCACCAUCCCAGACAUCAAGAAGGACCGCUGGUACACCAAGGUGCUGAAAGGGGUGAAGCGCUCGAGAGUGACCUCCGGAGAUUCUCCGGGCUCGCUCAGCAAGCAGAUCCGCUCGGACAUGGACCUGUCUCCACUGAGCAGCCUGCGCAGCAGUGAUGACAGAGUCAAGUUCUCCAGCUCUCAGCCGGAGCCCGUGACUGCCCUGUCCUCCUGGGACCCCAGCCCCUCCUGCUUCAACGCCAUCGUCCAGCAGAUCAGCUUCUCCCAGCCGGCCUGCCCUGAACACAUGCUGCUGAGCAGCCAGCUCAUCGGCACCCCAGGCUCCAGCCAGGUACCCAGCGCCAUGCUGACCCAGCGCGUCACACAGACCCGCGCACUGAGCCACACAGCCAUCGCGCCACACAGCCCCAGCGUGCCACACAGCAUCGCGCCACACAGCCCCAGCGUGCCACACAGCAUCGCGCCACACAGCCCCAGCGUGCCACACAGCAUCGCGACACACACACUUCAUAACUAAUUAUUCAAAUGA